GCGGGGGGAGCUUCCGAGCCUUCUGAGACAGCCCGGCCUCUCUCAUUUCCCCCCCCGGGCUGGCCGCCGAUUCUCCUGCGCCCACGCAAGGGCACGGGCAACGCCAUGAGCUCAGCAGCAUCAGCAGCAUCGCCAAUGCGAUGGCGCUCUCUCGGCUGGCACGACGUGGGUGGCGGCAGCUGCAGAGCUCGGCCGGCCGCGGCCGCCGACGCGGCGUGCGUGCGCCAGGCGCUGGAGAGCCUGAGGCUCGACGUGGAAGCGGUCUUCGACAGGCACGGGGAGCUCUGGAGGGAGCCCCCGCCCACGGCCGGGGAGUCACGCGGCUCGGGGCCAGACUCCCCAGAGGAGGUCCCGGGCCAGCCGUCUUCGCCCGUCCGAUCUGUGCUGCUGGGGCGCCGCGCUUCUCCCAAGCGCGCCUUCGCGGAGCAGUGCAGCCUGGCGAGCAGCAGGUCCAACGAGGCGAUGGCCGCGAUGCAGAAGGUGAAGAACGUCCGGGGCACUUUUCUCAGGGAGGAGAACACGACUUGGAUGCACACCCUUUUGCCGACAGGGCGCCAUUCUUGGAGUAAGGUCUGGCUGGCGGAGUGUUUGCCAAGUGGCAAGCUCCGUGCUUGCAGUUCAGCGAAAAAGUUGACGGAGGGCGUCUCGAAGUUGGUGAGGCGUCCUGGCUACGAGCUCGCCCGGGUCAUGAUGAUGGUCUUGGAUGCCGUGCUCGUUGUCUGGGAGAUGCAGUGCGCGGCUCAGCGUGCAAUCCAGUUCGUGCAACAUGGCCAGGCAGGCAUCGACGACACUGCGGUGUUCACCGUGCUGCUGGACAUCUCUUGCGGGCUGUUUGUCACCGAUUUCCUCUUGAGGUGCACAGCAGGCCAGUUUGGACCCACUGUGUCUGCUGGACGCGGUUGGCAGUAUUUCCAUGUCGUCGUUGUUAUCGCGCAGUUGGUUCAGACCAUUGGCUUGCACUCGCACAGGCACCAACGAUCUCAUUCGCAAUUCAGAGUUGCCCUUGCAAUGUUCUCAACUUUGCGUGUGGCCAGAGUGUUGUCACUGGUGCAAGUGACGGAGGUCAUUCGCCAGCAUCCUUUCUUCAGGGAGUUGCGCAUCAUGAUACAUUCUCUCACUGGUGCGGUGAAGGGUCUGCUGUGGUCCAGCCUGCUAAUCUUCACGAUUCUCCUCAUCUUUGGCACCGUUCUGUCCGAAGGAGCGUUGGCCUACUUGGUCCACAAUGGCCGGGAGGGCGCCUUCACAAGCUCUUCGGUGGCACUGCAGGCGCGAUUCGGGUCCCUGUUCCAUGCUGUGCUCACGCUAUUUCAAGCGAUGUCUGGCGGAGUAGAUUGGCACGACGUCUGGCAGAUCUUGGACGUGCUCGACUGGGGCUACAGGGGGGUGUUCCUGCUCUACAUCGGCUUCUCUCUUUUCUCUUUGCUGAACGUAGUUACGGCCGUAUUCAUUCUAGAGCACGACGGUGCGCUGCACAAGUGA